AUGGCUUCAUCAGGGCCGUCAACAAUACAUAAAGUCUUCUUCUUCGCGGCUCGGCCAAGAUUUUCUCUGACUCGGAGAGCGAUUACCGCUGCUGGUACCGAUUGCGCUGGUUGCUCGUUUGCGUCUACACCUGUGCCAUCCACAAUCGCUCACAGGCCGAUUCGCACUGCCACUGGGCCAUUCUCGUUGUCGGGGGUAUCAUCUGCUCGCGGGAAGGCGACAAGGUUUUCAAGAACCCUGAACAGGGCUGGUGUGAAUCCGUAUUCUACAGUCGUUGUACACAACAAGGGACAAGCGCGAGUACGCCGGACGAUCAGCUUCCUCGUCAUCAGCACGCUCUCUUUUGCUGUCGGCACCUAUCUGGCGAUCAACUACUCCUCCCCGAUCCUCCACCCUCUCAUAAUGGGGUCAAUACCCUCCGACGCUGAAACCCUGACGCUCUACACGCCCGACAAUGACUUUGCACGGGAAGUUGACGAGCAUAUCAGAAAUUGUUCCCUGGCACGGUCAUUACGAUCGAAUCCAGACUUCGUCGAGUCAAGACCGCACCUCAAAAUUCCCGAUGAAGUGAAACAGCACAAUCUGACGGCGGGCACGUUGGCCGGCCCCGGCAUGAUUGUGGUGCCGCCGUACUAUUUCAACGAGAAGGGCGGGAAAUCUAUGGUCCAGAUAUUCUACGUCGGCACCGACGUGUCGGGGCAUCCAGGAAUUGUGCAUGGCGGGUUCCUGGCUACCAUGCUUGACGAGGGCCUUGCGCGAUGUGCUUUCCCUGCUAUGCCGAACAAGGUCGGCGUGACAGCCAAUCUAAACAUCAAUUACCUGAAGCCCACAAUGGCAGGACAGUUUCUGGUUCUGCGAGCGACAACGACAAAAGUUGAGGGUCGCAAGGCGUGGGCAGAGGGCUGGAUCGAGAGUUUGGAGGUUGCCGAAGGUGAGGAGCCUGUGAAAUUGGUCGAGGCCAGUGCUCUGUUUGUUGAGCCAAAGCAUGCCAAGGUGUUGAAGUCCCUCUACAGAGUGGCGUCGUAA